UGGAGACUCCAUCAUACCGCAGUUCGCUUUUACGCAGAGAAGAUGAGCUCACGGAUAGCCAAAUCCAAACCGGCGAUGAAACUGAUGGUGCUUUUGACAGCUUCUCUCUCCUGGGCCUUUCAGCAGCAAGCUGAACAACCAACGUACCAGCACCGUGACCCCGCGACAUCCGCGUUCCUCACGUGUAACCAGUGCCCACCUGGCACAGCGGUGAAACGACACUGCACUGCCGACAUGCCCACAGAGUGCCAGCCCUGUCCUGACAGGCAUUUCGCCGAGAACUGGCACUGGGGGGAGAAAUGCCAGUACUGCACCUCGGUGUGUAAGGAGAGACAGCUAGUGAAGCAGCAGUGCAACAGCACUCAUGAUCAGCUGUGCGAAUGUGCUCCAGGUUUCCACCUAGUGAUAGAGUUCUGUAUCGCACACAAGGCCUGUUCACCUGGAUAUGGAGUGGCAGCUUUAGGUACGCCAGUGAGUGACACAGUGUGUGACCUUUGCCCUGAUGGUCAUUUCUCCCCGGGUGGCUCCUCCACCAAGCCGUGCCAGCCUCACACGAACUGCUCAGAAUUGGGCCUCAAGACACUGAGAUGGGGCACGUCCACUGCAGACAGCCAGUGUGGCACUCCGGACAAGAAGGCAACGCUGGAGUGCUCUCAUCAUCACACUUUGUGCCAGACUGAUGUGACUCUUUGUGAAGAGGCGGUUUUCCAGUCGCUAGCCUCGCUGCGACUUUCCUCGGUGCCCCUGGAACGACUGUUGGACAGUCUUCCUGGGAAGAGGGUGGAUCGCAAGAGCCUGGAGAGGCUGAAGAAGACCUGCUCUCCCCAGCAGCAGGUUCUCCACCUUCUGCGACUGUGGAGAGAGCAGAACAAAGACCAGGACAAGCUGUAUGGCUUCAUACAAGGUGUGAACCACUGUGAGAGGAAGGUCUCCCGCUGCAGCAGUCUAAAAAACCUGACUCUCGACGACCUCAUGAAGGUAACAAACAGCUUGCCGGGAGUGAAAGUUAAGGAGGCGGAUGUCCAGGCCGUGGUCUCUUCUUGCCUCCCCAGGCAGUACAUUCUGCAGCUUCUUCACCUCUGGAAAAAAGCAAACCACAACCUGGACCUACCAAAUGCUCUGUCUCACAGUCUCAGGGUCCUGCGCAACCAACAGGCACCACGUCAUCUGCUCAAAGGCCUGAAGAAGAUUAGCCGCAUCAUUGGAACCACCUCGGCACAAAAGAUGUUUCAGAAGACGUUUGUCAGUAUGCUUCAGGAUGGAUCGUGUUUUAAAGCCCAUAAACCAUUAAAUGAAUAAGCAGUACACAGGUACAAAUAGAAAUAGAUACAACCUAAAGCAUAAAUAAACACUAUUUCACUGACAAAAAAGGGAACACUAAAACGAUACACAAUGAGCAGGGAGGUGCAUUUUUUUUGUAGUAGUGAGAGGUCUUUAUAAUAUCAAAGCUAUGCAUAUACUGUCUAAAAAUGGGUUUUCCUAACUUUAACAUGGAAGGAAAGAUGGAAAAAUAAAUUAGUCUUUCCUUUUCUGAUUUUUUUCUAACCUAAACGAGGCACUAAUAACUUCACCCUCAGUCCACGGUAACCGUCCGCAAGGAAGAAUCUGACAAAAAAAAAAAAGAGGUGUUCACACAUCUGUGUACUGAAUACGGAUGUAAAACAAAAGGUUUUUGAAAAAAAUAAAAAGAUUUUUUAGAACUUCAUGACUGGAGUCUGUGAAAAAUUAAAAAAAAUGUUAUUUAAGAUGUAAAUAUUAAUACUAUUUUAUAGAAAAUGGUCCGGCAGAUGUUGUUAUUGUUGCUUUCUCGCUGUUUGAGAGGAAGGAUUUGGUUUCAUAAUGAAAUAUUUUUUUUCUCAUUUGUUGGUGUGUUUGUUCUGAACUGCUGACAAGCAAAGCUCAUCGUUAUUAUUUUGUAGUUGUUACUUAUAUGAAUGUACAAAGGAGUGCAAUUGUUUUCUAUUUAAAAAACUAAGUUUUACUUUCUGAACAUGUAAAGGCUUAUGUUUAUUACUUCUUAGAAAUACUGGAUUCCAAAUGCUGCAAGUUAAUGAAGUGAUAUUUGUUUUAUAUUUUUGUUGUAUCGCGUUUUUACUAUAAGUGUAUGACCUUUGUUGUAUAUGUGCCUGACUGGUCCUUUUUAAGCUUGUUUAAGUUGUGAACAUUGAUAACAAAUGAUCUGACUAAAUUCAGUGUGUAAAGAUGUAUUGUUUCAUUAUAAAUAUGCAAUGAACAGA